AUGGAAUAUACAAACAUAGAUAUUGUCUACAACGAAGGCACACUCCAAAAGGAAUUUGAUAUAUCCCCAAUAUUGGAGAGAAGGUCUUGCACUUCACCUAAAAAUCUGAUCAAGAUUGAUACCAAGAAUAAGAACUUAACUUAAGAAGAUUAUGAGGCAUUGAGUAUCACAAAUAAUGAUGAUAAAACAUACUAAGUAUUUGUUGAGUAAUCAACUCAUACAAAUAAAUCGAUAACAACAAGAUAAUUUACAAAUGAUAAUUCUACAUUGUCAACUAAUUAAAGUAUGAUAUACUAUUUGUAUCAAAAUUGCACUGAGUACAGUAUCUAACAUCCUGAGAAAGCCUGGGACUAUAUUUAUGUAAAGGUAAUCCUACAGGAUGGCUAAGAUAAUAAUCACACAUUUCCAUUUUAGUUUACAUACACAUGCAAUGAAAAUUAUAAUUUUAUCACUUUUGAUUGGAGUUUAAUAAUCUUGAUUUCAAUAAGCAUGAUGUUGAUGGCCUUGUUGACAAGGUUUUCAAGAAUAUUGUCAUUUAAUCUGAAAGGAUAGGAUGGAUAAUUUUAAGGUUUUAAGAUAGAUGCAACAAUAACAAUCUUUUAUUUUUUCAUGUAUGCAAUUGGAUUCUUUUUGUUUUUCAAUUCCGAAUAUGUUGGAGAAUUGAGUCUUGUAGUAAAGGUGUCUACUUACUUAAUGGGAUUCACGUGUUCAUUGUUUAUAAUCGAUGAAGCAUUAUGUCUGUCUCCUGAUGGUUCAGUUUGGAAAAGAAAGGUGUGUUAUAAGAUUAGAUUAUGCGAAGUGUUCUCAUUUAUGCUUGCCUCUGCAUUCAUGACUUUAUAUUUAUUAACAUAGGCUUGGUAUUUGAGUGAUCUAAUAUCCAUAUUUAUAAUGUCCACUAUAGCCAAACUAUUCAAAUUCAAAAAACUUAAGAGUGCUGUUCUCUUCCUUAUAAUUUGUAUACUCUUGGAUGGAACAGCUGCAUUUUUGAUUUUCUUUACAUCCAAUACAUCUUAUAAUUCGUUAACCCUCAAAAAGUUGAAUUGUCCUAUUGAAUUACAAUUACCAUUGCUUGAAUUACAAUAUGAUCGAAGUUGUGCUUGGAUCUCCUUGUUUAGUAUAGCCAUUCCUGGAUUGUACAUGGGAUUCACAUACAGAUUUGAUAAAAACAAAAGGACAUUUUCCUACACCAUUUUUACUGGAUUGAGUUUAAUUAUUGGUUAUAUCAUUUGGAUAACUACCACCAUAGUUUAAACCUAUUCAAUUCCUUCAAGUGUCUUUAUAUACCCCUCGAUAUUGAUCGGUACCAUUUUGGUUGCUUUGAAAAGAAAUGAGUUGCAAUCAAUUUGGGAUACAGAAUUCUUUGAUGAGUUUCUAGAAAAAUCAUACAGAUUAUCAAAUAUAUACGGAUAACACGAUAUUGUUGGCAAUCUUAAUUUAAUGGAAGGAUUGGAUCAAUGUCCAGAUGAGUAACCAAUUUAAAGUCGGAUAUUGAAAUGA